AUGCCUAAAAAUAGAUCUGAUGAUGAUGACGACGAUGUUGAUGAUAUGUUUACAGUGGAUGAUGAUGAUAAGGAUGACGAUGAUGAUGAUGAUAAAGCUAAAGGUGAGAAAGAAAGCAAACCCGAUGACAGUGAAUCUGCCAAGAAGGAGUGGCUACAAAAAAGAUGGAGACAAAAGAGAGAAGACCUGGCCAAAAUGACCUUCCUGGAACGAUUCAUAUUCAGUGACCCCGAGGAGUUGCAGUUUGCAUUAGGAUUCGUGUUGAGUUAUGCCAUUGCUUUUGCAUGGUCAGUGGGCAUGAGGUGCAUCACCUGCCUGAUGCUGCCCAUCAUAGGUUUCAUGUGCGGCUUUAACCUCAUCAAAAACCAAACCAAAAUGUUCCUGACCAUCAAAUUCAUUCCUAUGCUUGAUAUACUCAUUGCAUUAGUGAAAAACCAGGACAGGUUCCUAGACGAGUUAAUGAAAGUUGGUGAUCAGAUGAGGCAGUAUAUCGAUAAGAUGGAGCACGCUCUGACUAAAACAAUGGACGAGGUGUAUAAAGAUGAAGAAAACAAAGAAAAAGAUGAGGAGGAGGAGGAAGAGUACGAAGAGGAAGAGGGAGAAAAAGAGGAUGUGAGUGCAGAGUACAAGGAGGAAGAUGACAACGACACGGGGGAAAAUUUAAUCGAGAAGGCCGCCAAAGAGGCAAAGGAUAAGAAAAACGCCGAAUAUAAAGAGGGCCUCAAGAGGAAGGUCGUCCACAUGCUGAUCGAGAUCAGGUGCCAAUGUCAAGUGCCAAAAAAAUACUUGGGAUUCACAUGUGGCGAGAUUGGACUGGAUCUCGAUCCGAACAGUUACAGCGAGCAGUUCCUUAAGAUAAGGGAGCUCAUCGAUGAGUUUUUCAAUAAGGCUGAAGCCAGAUUUCAAUAUGAGGUCCCAGAUGUAGAUGAGGGAGAGGUGACGAUGGUGGUGACGGGCGAUCAAGUGGAAGCUGUCGCCAAGGAAGCCCAGAUGUUCAAGACUCUCCUGUUGGAAUUCUUCCAAAAGUGUAUCAUUAGAUUGAUACCCGUCAUUGCAUCUCAGUUAAUAACGUUCGCACUCUACUUUCUCGUUGGCUUCGCUGUCGACUAUUGCUUCGCCUGCCUACUACAGCUCUUUAGGACCUAUGCCGCCAUUGACUACAUACAUAAAGCCUCAGCCUUUUUCGAGGUUUACGGUUUCAUGGUGAUCAUCUUUGGCUUCUUCUUCGUCGAGCCGCAUCUCAAGAAGUUCUCCCACGUCAUCGCUGGCUUCUUCUACAGAAAGAGAGCCAAGAAGCGAACCUUGUACGUGUACAAUGACCUGCUGAAGAAAAGGAUUUGCUACAACCAUCAGUGCAGACAUACCGUUAGGAGGAAUAUCAAAGAGGACAAGUUUACUCUUCCAAUUGGAUUUUUCCUGUCACUUCGAUAUGCUUUUCCUGGCUAUUUUGAAUGGCUAACUCAUUUGGGGCUUGGCCUCCAGGAAUGCACCAUAUGUAAGGAUAAAGAGACUCGACAUUUCAAACACUGCCCUACUUUUCUGUGUAAGGCUACCUACUGUCCUGGUUGUUGGAUUGACAUCGGGUUCCGAUGUUAUGCCUGCAAGGAUGACGACGAUUGGUCAGAAUCGUCUGGGGGCAAUUCCAUUACUAACAAAUAG